AUGCCUAUGGCCAUGGCCAUGCCCAUCGAAUCUGUAGCGGAGGGCAAAUCCGCGCAGUCGCAGCCCCACACCGUGGCCGACUUUAUCAUUCAUCCACUGAUUGCCUUCAAGCCGCGCCAGGCCUCAAUGGAGGAGCUGCAGGGUAAGCAGGCGGCGGCGGCGGCGACGCCUGCAACGAAUGCCACGCCCAGCUCGCCAGGCACUUGGCUGUUCGGCAUGAAUCCCGGCCAGGGAUUGGGCUCCGGCUUCUCCACGCUGGCGGGCUCCGUCUCCGGCUGGUUCAGCGAUCGUCUUGCCGCUGCCGGACAGCAGAUCCCAGCGCUGCCCAGUCUGCCAGCGCUGAUGGACACGCCGGUGCGCGUUGGCGCCGCUGGCAGCACCGCGAGCCCACCAACCACCACCACCAGCACCACCCAGCGACCGGAGAUUGUGGUGCGUCUGCAGCAGCGUCCCAAUCGCCGUCGCAACGGCAAUCUCAAUGCCAAUGCCAAUGCCAAUCGCAAUCGUCUGCAGCAGCGUCCGGCGCCCAAUCGCUUCAACAAUCGCCUGGACUCGCUGGAGUCGGAUGAGUACGAUGAUGCGGACUACUUCAAUGGCAAUCGCUAUGAGCAGCUGUUCGACGAGGAGGAGAAUGAGCAACAGCAGCAGGAGCAGGACGAUGAGGAUGAGGAGGUGCAGCAGUUAACUCAGCAGCGACGUCCCGCGCAGUCGCAGCGACGCAAGCAGCAGCAGCAGCCGGCGGCAGUGCGUCGUCCAGCUUUGGCCAUGCUGCGUCCACAGCGCGACGAAGACGAGGAGCUGGAGGAGGAGGAGGAGGAGGAUGACGAUGUAGCCGCCUUCAAUGACAACGACGAAGAGGAGGAGGAGGAGGAGGAGGAACUGGAGAGCGAGGAAAGCUUCCUGCCCGUGCGCUAUAGCCAAUCCUCACGCAAGACCCAAAACUUCCUGCAGAGCAGCCAGCAGAAUCUCAUUAACCAACUGCGUCGCCUGACCUUUGGCCAAUCCCCCGCCGAGCUGGGCCAGCGUCUGCGCAAGGGCGGAAGUGGCAGUGCCACGCCCAAUAAGCUGCGCCGCCCCCAACAGGCAACGCUGCUGAUCAAUCGCAAUGGCCAGCCCGUCUAUGUGGCCCCCGAGCUGCUCCAGCUGCAGCUGCAGGCUCAAGCCCAGCAGCAGCGCCAGCCGCCACUCACUGUGCCCGUUCGUCGCCAGGGUCAGCCCACCCAGUACAUCACCAUACCCUGGAGCCAGCUGGGCGUUGUGCCGCCCCAGCGUCAGUCAGUCGUAUCGCUGGCGGAUAACAUUCAAUCCCAGCCGCUCAUUCUCAACAUUCCCGAUGGCGCCAUCAGCGGCGUCGGCGGCGGCGGCGGCGGCAAGAAGCGCAAGCAGCAGCGUCCACAGCUCACCGCUGGCGCUUUGCCGCUGCUGGCGGAUGCUUCUCUAGUGGAUCUCUUCCAAGCGCCACAGAUUCCGCCCUCGCGCCAAACCACAAGCAAGCAGAAGCCCAAGCAGAAGACCAAGCCCAAGCCACAGCCCGUGCUGAUUGCCGCCAAACCGGUGACCACAGCCAACACGGGAUUGGGUGCCGGCAAUGUUCUGCCCACGCGCAUACGUCCCGGCACCAUUGUGGAGAAGGCGCCAGCCAUGGACGCCAGCCAGCCAGGCAGCCAGCCAGCGCAGUCAGCCUCCGAGAGUGAGCAGCAGCUGGCGGCAACAGUCGCCGACGCCUUGGCCAACAUGCCCGCCCAAUCCCAAACGGAGCAGGAGCAGUACAUACUCGUCGGCGAGGACAAUGAGCCAGGACUCUCGCGUCAUGUGCAGCCGGCGUACGGCGAUGCGCGCCGCUAUGUCAACUAUGGUGACUUCCAUCCCUACUUCGAUCUGCUGCAGCAGAAUCGACGCUACGCUCUGCACAAAUUCGGACGCUCGCUGGGGCAGCAGCAGCCGGCAGAGGCAGCGCCAGAGGCGGAACCGGAGUCUGUGCUCAUUGAAGAGCAGCAGGCUGAGGUUGAUGAAAACUAA